AUGAAAAUGAAAGUCGUUGUCGCUCCUGUUGACAUCGUCUGUGGUAAUCUCCAGAUGGGGUAAGUCAGUAGUUCCUCCACGAGCCACUCUGUACUUGAUAGAAAGUCAGCAUUCGCGAACCAUGAUAGGCACUUUCCUAUCGAAUUCUGCACCUGCUAAAUAACUUAUGGUACCGGACACCUGCCCCUUUGAGUUAAAGCCUGGUGCUCUGUGCGUGGAUCCAGGUCGUGCGUGGCACAUGCAGACGGGCUGUUACAGCUCUGUAAGACACUGCGCGCAAUCAUUGCAUCAGCUGGCUGACCGGCUCGAACGACAGACUCGUGCAUGGGAGAAGAAGGAUGGAGUUAGAUUGAUCCUAGAGACCGUGUUUCCACGGUUCUUCAGCUCACUUCCUCACUAUAAACAAGCCAGCUCGCUUUUAAGCCAUGGCGGCGUGCUAACUCCGUGCCAUGGAAGGCUGCCAACUAACAGGAUAAAUCGGUCCUCUCAGGACGAGGAGUAAGGCCGCAGAGGAUUCGUCUUACUGCGGCCUCUAUGGCAUUCCCACUCAUAUGGGGAUCUGAGUUGCUCCUUUCUUGUUUCCGUGAAAACCAGGCACUUGUGGCGUGCGUAGUCGGGCUGUCAACCACCUGCGCCCUCUCCCGAUUCCAGUUGUCCUGCCAUCGGGCCCAGGCAAAUGACGGAGAAGAAAGUGCGCAGACGCUGCACAGUUCGCAAGUCGACGUUCCAGCGUCCACCAAACUGUGUGACAUACGGUAUAUAUCGCAGUGGUGGACAACUUCCCCUAUCGGGGCAGUAACCUCACCCGCAGCACGAAAAUGGACGACAAAGUAGCCCUCCAGAUUUCGAAGGCCAGUCAAGCCUUCGGUCGUCUUCAACGCACAGUUUGGAAUCGUCACGGUCUCCAGCUCAGCACGAAACUGAAGGUGUACAAGGUCGUCAUCCUCCCGACGCUGAUGUAUGGGGCAGAGACUUGGACGGUGUACACGAAGCAGGCACGCCGACUCAACGACUUCCACCUCAGCUGUCUUCGCCGCAUACUGAAGCUGAGGCGGCCGGACCCAAUCUCAGACACUGGCGUACUGAAGCGACGGUAAUUCUCAGCAUCUACGCCGUGCUGAGACAGCUGCAACUGCGUUGGAGCGGCCACCUCAUGCGGAUGGACGAUGAACGGCCACCCAGACGACUCUUCUAUGGAGACGUCGCCACGAAUUCCCGCCGUCAAGGAGGUCAGGCCCAUCGAUAG